AUGGAUUCAUGUCUGGGCGUAGAACAAGAUUUAGACAAAGCAACAAAUAAGUUUACAGCAAUUCAUGACCAUACUAACAAAGUACUCCAAGAUUUAAUAACACAGGUAGAAAAGUUAAAACAGGAAAUAUCUCAGCAGCCAGAAAAUGAACAACUAUCCCAAGAAUACACACUACUUGUCAGUGAACUAGCAGCUACAUUGAAGCAGACUGUUUUUCAAAUGUCUACGGAACACAGAGAGCUCCAUGCUACUGUGUCCCGAGUUGGCAAAUCAAUUGAUAGACAUUUUAUUGCUGACUAUGGUGCAGUUGCACCAAAAGCUGAAUUAUUUUGCAAUGAAGCAAAUAGGCCUAUCAUGGAACAAGCUAUGGCUCAGCAUUUGUAUAGACAGGGUUUGGAGGAUGUCGGCGAUGUUUUCGUAGCGGAAGCUAAUAUUCCACCCGUGGAGCGUACAUGUACUUUUGCGCAGCUACAGAGAUGUGCAGCUGCCUUGGCAGACGGUGACCCAUCUCUUGCCCUCAAUUGGGUUGAAAAGCGAACCCAAGAACUGGCACAUUCACCACUACCCUUUACUCUACAUAGGAUGCAAGCACUUAAGUUGGCACGAGAGCAAGGAGUUGUUGCUGCAAUACAGUACGCCCGUAAAGAGUUCCCUGCUUACGCGUCGCGCCACGAGCGUCAACUGCAAGCCGCCGUUUGUGCUCUAGCGUGGUGUACACCAGGCGCACCUGCAGCGCCCUCUCACUAUGCUCAUUUGCUGGACCCCAAAGCACUUGGUGUCGAAGCUGCAGAGUUGUUUAUCCGAGAAUCUUGUGCUGUCCUGAGGUUGGCAGCUCUGUCACCCCUAGCUGGUGCUGUAGUGGCUGGAGCUCGCGUGUUACCAGCUCUACAUGAUAUUCGAGCCAAAAUGAGCCACCCCCACGUAAUAGCUGCUUGGGCUGACGACGAGUUACCACUUGAGGUAGAACUAGGUGAAGAUGGAGGCGGAUAUCAUUCAGUGUUCGCGUGUCCCAUUCUAAGGCAACAGGCGUCAGAACUCAACCCACCAAUGAGACUGCUCUGUGGCCACGUUAUUUCGCGGGACGCCCUCAAUAAACUUGCUAUAGGUGUAAAAUUGAAAUGCCCCUACUGUCCAAUGGAACAGUCCCCGGCAGAGGCGCGGCAGAUAUACUUCUCUUAA